AUGAAGUUAAUAAUUAUUUUUUGUAAUAUAUUCUUUUUGAUACUUGUGAAUCAAGUAUUGUCUUCUGAUGACAAUUGUGGUCCAAAUGCACAAAUGGGAGUUUGCCUUGGAUGUUGCGGGCACUCAACUUGUUCUACUAUAAGACUAAGAGAUUGGUCGUGCUUAGUUUGCCAAAUACCUUGCCGUCCAACAUGUACAUGCUAUCGAGGCUAUGUAUUGAACAAGGAUGAAGGAGAGUGCAUACCCGUUAGCGAAUGUCCUUGA